AGUUCCAGUCAGGUCGUGACACUCGAAGCUCGAUGCGCGAUUGUAUGUAAGUUGCGCCUUGCGCGUGUCCACGACGAGUUUACGAAUUUGCGACUGUGAAAGUGACCGAUGAGUUUUCACGGAAAUUUACCCCCGGAAACGGCAUAAUGGACAUCGUUUAUGGUGGCGGGUGUGGAUUUUGUUUAUAUUUUUCCUAUUGAAAGAAUUUAAUAGUGAUUUUUUUAUUUGUGAUAUGGUUAUAUUUACAAAAUUGUUAGUUCAGCGAUAACCUGAUUGAUGACUGAUUUUUACAUGGUGCUGGAACCUAGUAUGUUUCUUGUUUCCUGUUUCCUGCAACAUGGUCCGACCAGCGAUCUGGACACGUUCCUGUGCAAGCAGGACUGGGAGCGACCGCUGGAAGAAGAGUUGGAAAAGCCCCGUCGAGAUUCAGUACCACAGAUCGAUGACUUCUUUGAACCAAAUCAUCCAAACCACAAUAACAAUUCGAACAGCAACGCCAGACACCAGGCUAUGAGCUACGUCUCUAUGAGAUCGCUGCCAGGCUCAGAAGAUGACGCAUUUUUACGGCCUCCAGCACUCUGGGAAGAUAUCGCAAGUAGUAUUCAAAACAUCGACCCUGAAAACGCCAACAUGUUGGGAGUUAGUCCAGGGCAUGUAAAGUUGGAGGCAGUUGAUGAUUUGACUGUUAGUUGUGGAACAACAGCACCGAGUCCUUUAUUGUCUCCUUUAGAAAUUAAAACCGAAAAAGUUCUCCAACAACCCUGUCCGACGUUACAUCUACUAGGCACCCCCACCAGCCCAUACACGCAACCACAGCCGACAAGUCCCCAACACCAUCCUUCCCACUAUCACCCGCAACAACCGAUGCACCACCCUCACAACAAUAAUAACCAAUACAAAUAUAACAACGUCACUCAAGGGGCGCAGACAGGGCCGGCUCCAGGCAAUGCGCUUUACCCUAUGCCCUCACGGCUGAUGUAUGUUUCCCCGCUAACACCCCCAAAUUCAGAACCUGGUUCGCCCGGGGGGGCGUUGCCGCGCAGGACGCCACCGCCCCCCUAUCCCGCCCCAGGAUGUCCUCAACAGACCCCGGCCGCCGCCGUACCGCGAAUAAGUGGAGUGAAGUACAAUAGGAGAAAUAACCCAGAAUUGGAAAAGAGGCGGAUUCACCAUUGUGAUUUUAUAGGUUGUACGAAAGUGUAUACAAAAAGCUCACAUCUGAAAGCGCAUCAAAGAAUACAUACAGGUGAAAAACCUUAUCAAUGCCAGUGGCCCGAAUGCGAGUGGCGGUUUGCACGAUCCGAUGAAUUAACGCGCCAUUACCGCAAACACACAGGCGCUAAACCAUUUAAGUGUGGUGUAUGCGAACGCUCUUUUGCUCGUAGCGACCAUUUAGCGUUGCACAUGAAGCGCCAUCUACCGAAAACGGCCAAAUGAAUAACUUUGCCAUCCCAUUAAGAGUUUUUAUGUUUUAUUUAUAUGUCACCUUACACGAGCACAUUCCUUUAUUUAUGAUUCGAUUAUAAUUCUAGAGAUUCUAAGAUUAAUUCGAGGACAUCCUAGAAAUAGAUCAGAUUGUAUUGUCAUAAGCGAAAGUAUUUGUACUGACAUUUAUAAUUUAAAUUAUUUGAAAUUCGUUUAAGUUGUUUUCGAAACGUGAGUUUCUAUUCACGUUAAUAAGAAAGGGUACCUCCAAAUAUUUGAAUACUAGUAAGCUUAGUUGUGAAAUAAAAAGGAGCAAUAUGAUAAGCUUAUAUAGAUUACAAACUUUAUUUGAUAUGAAUAUUGUUUUUGGUAGCUAUUCAAUUGAAAUUGAAAUCCGUCCGAUUGACAUGUUAGUUGAGGUUCUUACGAAUGAUACUCCUUCUGGCAUUAGGAAACAUUAUUGAUAAAACCAAGAUUUUAUAAAUAUUCCACAGAUAGCAAUAAGAUUUUGUAAAAUAUAUUGAUAUUGGGACUGCUCUUAUAAGCAUACUAGGAGUUUAAUGAAACCGAAAACGAUCGGAUCUUAUUGAGACCACUUUGAAACAAGGAAAGUCCCGGGUCCCAGUUCUUCUAACUUAAAUUCAUAUUAUUCAACUUAGUUAAUUCUUUCAAAAAGAACUCUUCUUUUUAGUCAAGAAUAUUAUAAUUGAAAUUUUUGAACGGGAAACUUUUAUAUAAAAGUGACAAUUUUUGUAUGAAUUGUAUGAACAUUCUUUGAAUAGUUUUUUGUUUUUUUGGUAUUACUGAAAUUCCAUAUGAUAUUUUGAAGUAUUACAAAAAACAACGUCAGUUAACACGAAAACUCAAAUUUCGGUGAAUAAAUAUGUGGAAUAUUUAGAAAAGAUACCGUGCCAUAGAAAAUAAUCUUUUAUUCUUUGUUUUCUUGGGAUGUAGUACUAGUAUUUUCUUUAUUUGGUAUUGGUGUAUUAUUGCGGCAUGGAGUUUUCUCUGUAGUUAGAACAAAAUGUAUUUUGAAAGCAAAAUAUCGUCUUUUUUUCUAGUUGCGCUGAAUUUCAAAAUGAGCAGUGAUUGGACAGUUUUUUGUUUUAAAUUUCAUGGUUCUUAGGCUAUCAGACCUUCGAAUAAAUUGAAAAAAUAUAUAUAGGAUGUCCUUGAAAAAUUUAAAAGUAUUUUUGAGUAUAAGGCGAUCUCACACGUUUCAAAGACGUUUUGUACUUGAUUAACAUCGUUAAUGGUUAUAUCUUCAUAUCAUUAUCGCCAUUUGCCUUUUAUAACAACUUGUGGCCUUUUACAGUGUACUUAGAAAAAAUAUAUUAAGAAAAAAUAUAUUAUCAAUUCUAGAAUAUUUAUGUCUUAUUGGAACUGCCUAAUAAAUAAGUAAAAAUGAUAUGUAUUAAUAUUCUUAGAGAGAUCGAAUGAUUGUUUCUAAUAUCCUGAUAUAAAUAUUUGUUAGAUAUUUCAAUUUUCAUACUUCCCUGCUUCUAAAGAUUGAUUUUCCCGCGCAAAACUCCUGAAGAAUUAUAUUAGAUAUUAUAUCAAGAAAUUACAAUAUCUUUAUUUUUUUUAGAUAUAAUGUAACUUUAUUUGGUUACAUUAGAGGAGAAAGAAAGGAGCUACUUCAACAUUAAAAAAUUGAGCAGCUACAUGCAGUGUCCUGUUAUAUUGAAUAUAAUAAGAAUCCAAUUAAACCACACAUUUUAAAAUUUUGUUUUCAUACUACAAUAUUUGAAAACGAAAAUUGAAUUGAUAUUUUCCCAGUGUUUUUGUUUAUUAGGUAGUUCCUAAAAAUAUAAGACCAUAUGAUUUUCUUCGAGAUAUUCCAUAUUUACGGUGUGAUAUUUCGUUUACAGUAGCUUUAAAAAAGAAAUAUGCAAAUAUCAAACUGUAAACAUUUUUAAUAGAAAUAUGGUUAUGAUUUUUUAUAAUUAUUUUUGUAAAAAAGCAAAGUAAAUAAUUUUGGUUGUGAAAUAUUUGUUAUUGGUGUAUUUUCCUCUGGAAAAAUAAACCCCUGUAAUUAUUUUUAUUGGUAAUUUGUACAUUAUUAUUUACUUCAGUAUGUAUUAUCCCAACAUUGCCAUCGGUUUUACCCACAUAUGUGAUUUUUUUUAGAUUCUAUUCGAUGUACCUUGUGAUUCUUCAACAAAACUAUGUAUUUCAACCAUAUAAGUUGCGAAUAUUUUCAAGUGCUGGAAUCAAAAGAUACAGAUGUAUUUCACUCCAAAGCGACUUCAUUUUUCAAUUUAUUAUAGUAAUUUUUUUUAUUAUUCAAACCAUAAGCCAUGUAUGCAUUUUUCAUGUCAUAAUUAUGAUUUUCUCGAAAAAUUGAUUUAUUCACAUAGAAUAACCAGUUUAUUUUCAAAAUUGUAUGUCAUCAUGCAAAUCAGUAAUCAGAAUUUCAAUUAAUAAUUUUUUUCAGUUAUUAUCAAAUCUGAAAUUCAUAUCGUUUAACCGCUAGACAAGUAAUAAAUCAGCAACAGCAACAUAUAAGCCUUACCUAUAUUUAUUAUUCAUCACCCAAAUUGAAAAAUUUCAUUAGUUUCAUUACUUAUACAUUUUUCCUAGAAAAUUUUGAAACAUCAAUUCCUGAAUAUAUAAACAUUGAAAUUUCUGAAACCGUCGAUAGUAUUCAUACUAAACACAUAAAGCUACACCAACAUUCACAAUCUCUAGAGAAGAAGAUAAAGUAAAACUUAACUAGUGGAUAAGUUUGUUGAGCAAACUAAGGCUGUGUUUAUGUUGGAGCUGCUAUAAAUAAUAAGAGCGACGAUACUAGUGGAGUAAAGAAAAUUAUUUUAGAUGCAGGUGUUUGUAUUAUAGCUACGCGUUGAGGCUUGCUUGGUAGCCGAGCAACGGUAAGAGCGGCUCCAAUGAUUUAGUCUAUUUUCUUUGCUUUUAUAGAAAGUGCGAUCGGCAAUGAUAUCGAUAGUUUAGACAGUGAAAUAUGUAUUAGAACCCCUUUGUGGGACUAAAAAAAUAGAAAUCACCACAUAGGUUCAUUCGGAUAGAAUUGGUCUACUAUGACAAUUUCUCCAUCUUUUUUCAACUUUAUCAUAGAUGUUGCUAUUUCCAUCUUCAUAUAUUCCAUUAACUUUGCAGGGUGGGCUCCCUUAAUAUUUUAUAAAGAUGAUGAAAUUCUCCACACUUGUACCUCUUUGAAUUUAUAAGGUGUGCAGAGAAUUUGCGUUUUUUAAUGCAAUUUUAACAAUAUAAUAUUUAAAUGAUUUGACUCUGAAGUAUUUCUUCUUCGUAAUCACUCAUUUAAAGAAAUACAUAUUUUAAAUCGAUUAGUUGAUCCAGCUCUCAAUGGCUUCAAAGCAGUCGCUAUUGUUGAAGCUUCACUACAAACGGCAUAUCAUAGAAACGUAUUUUGCGCAGCUCUUAUGGUUUAUUGCAGCACCAACAUAAACGCACCCUAAGAGGUUUAUUAACGUACGAUUUACAGAGUAUUUCGAGAACAUGACAGAACAGAUAAAUCGAAUUUUACUGAGUAUACUGUCAUGUAUAAUUUUCACGAAAUUUGUACUACACUACUUUUAGAUACAUUUGAAAAUAUGGAAGUAGAUGUAAGAAUGGGUUAAAUAGAGACAUAGGUCUUUUUCUCUAGUAGAUGGGGAUUCAAUGUAAAAGUUUUUUGUGGAAUUUUUGAGUAAUCCACUCACAAAACUAAAAUUAUUGAUAAAAAAUUAAAAUAAAAAAUGAAGUCUUAUUGGAGUAGAAAUAAUUGUAUAAGGGUAGCUACAUUAGAAACAAUCGUCAAGUCCGUCCUUCAAAAAUAUAUUUGUGAAUAUUAUGUGUUAAAUAUAAGAUAAUAAAGUACUAUGUUGAAGAAUUUACACAGUAGAUUGACACAUCUUUUGGCUUUUUGAAUGUCCAUUUUACUUAUCAAAUAAGAAAGCUAAAAACGUGUCAAAAUUAUUUCUCCUACGAUUAAGCUUAGUAUACAAACAGUUCUGAAUUACGAGAAAAUAAGAAAAAUCGGAAUUCAAAUAUAAUUUUGGAAGAUGUAACAUUAACAUUUUGGAAGUACUGGUGUAAUAUGAAAAUGUAUUUAUUAAAAUACUGUGAGUGAUGAGAAUAAUUUAAUUGAUAAAUUAAAUUUCAAUUAUGGACAGAAGCAUGAGACUAUAAAAUGAAUUAACAGUGAUCAGAAAAAGUCACGAUCAUGACUGUAAUUACCAUAUUUUAGUAAAAAAUUUAUUGUUUCUUCAUAAACCUAUAAUUGCUUCACCCAAAGUCAUUUCUGUUCAAAAUAUAAAUUUCAGUGUCUACUUGAAAGUCCAUCAGAGGAAUGAUAUUUAGUAAUAUGCUGUCUCAUAAAAAUUUGGUGAUAUGGUAUAAACUCUACCUUUAUGUGCAAGAUUCAAGGUUUGUGUAAGCUAAGCCCUCAAGUUUAUUAUCUAGUUUCUACAAAAUAUGAGAAAUAAAAUAAAUCUAGACUCAGUCGAUAUAAAUACCCAGAGGAAUUAUUUUUAACUUAGUUAGCUAGAAUAGAAGUUUAAAAAUGUAUAGUAAUAUAGAAGAAUUAUUUAGUUAUUAUUAUUAUUAGUAUUAUGUCAAUUAUUGAUAUAUAAAUUACAAUUCAAUUCACCAUAAAAGUAAUUAAUACAAUUGAUACCAAAUAUUCGAAAUUUGAUUACAUCGACGACUUAUUUAACAACUAUUCAUAGAAUCCAUUCUAUAAAUUAUUUUAAUAGUAAUGAUAAAGAAAAUGCAGUUUUAAUAGCACAGAAUGUGGCAACUAAUAUACAAUGUGGUCUAGAAUAUCUGGAGUUUAGAGAAGUUCAAGAAUAAGGUUACCCGUAAUCCUUUGAAAGGUUAAUUGAGAACCUAAUUUUUUGAAAUAUAUGCUAAACGGUUUUAAUUACGAAAUUCAGUUUUGAUUAUGAAACAUUAAUAUAAACACCAUCUUGUCACUCACCUGAACCCGUAUAAAUGAAAUAAAAAUAAGAUAAAUACAUUCAUUACAGAAGGAAAAAAUAUUUUGAAAAUUGUUAUUUUUAAUUAAAUAUAAAUUUUUAUUUGAAGUGUUCCAUUAAUUUGAAUUAUUACCUACUUGAGAAAUGUAUUGAUUAAAGUAGAAGACAUACCUUCGAGUUUAAGUAAAUGGAUUUCAAUAGAAUUAUUAAAAAGACUGAGUAUGAGAAAACGUAAUAACCUUCGAUUAUCCUCCAAAACUGUAUUCAUAGGAUGGAAUAAAUGAUAACAUCAAAAACGUUGGCAGAUAUGUGUUCAUAAUUUACUCCUUGGAUCUAAGUGAUUCAGCUCAAAAAAUAGUAUUUCUGGACCGCCUCACAUAACCAAUAUUCAUGUAAACAAAUAAAAUUACAAUUUAUAUCAAGAUUUCCUAAAUGUUAAUGUGUAAGAAUAAUCGAAUAUACAAAAACACAUCUGCCUUCUGCCAGUUUUUAAAGUGUACAAGCCUAUACCAAUAAUUCUUAUACUCUUAUCAUAUACAGAGUGUUCAGUAUAUGAAUGUUACCAAAUAUGUACACUGAAUUAUUAACUUUUUGUACAUAAGAAUUAGAAAUUGACUAGAUCCUAGUCUAGUAAUUCUGAUAUUUGUAAUUACAUGUAAGUUUCAAACUGCUAUGCAUAUCUAGUGUAUUUAUAUCCUUUAUUGUAAGUAUUAUAUAGAUAAUUACAAAAAUGUAGCAGAAAUACGUGCAGUUUAUUCUUUUCGCUUCGAUUUAGGUUAUACUUCAAAUCAUAGUAAUUGGUUUAUCUAAUAUUCUUAUAUUAUACUGUUUUCAGUUCCUACAAGAUUAAAUAAAUGGAGAACUAAUUUCACACUAACACAAGUAAAAAACAGCACUACUUGACAACUUAAAAACUUCUUUUUAAGGUUGAUUUCUACUUUUUCACCUGGAUUUAGUGAAAAAAAUUACCAAAAACUUCAUCAGCUUAUUCGUUUUGCGUUACAGUCUAUUGAGCUUGAAAAACACCCCUUAGUUGUCUAUUGUACUAGAACAAAAAUCUGGUACGCACUAUGUUUGAAUGCUUAGAAAAGGGGAUAGGAUAGUAUUCCAGUAACUAAAAUACUUGUUAUUGCCCAAAAGUUGUUUACACCGUGGUCGAAUAUAGUAUAGAAGUGGGUGAUAGUUUUCAUGUUAUAAAGCAAUAAAAUGAAUAAACUAAUCAAGCUUAUGCUAAUACCUAUUUAUUUAUUGUCAACUCCAGCUAUAUUAGUUGGAGUUUUCAAAUGCAUGUAUUCAGACUGCUUAAAUUGUUAAUUUUUAUAAUUUGGACUCAUGAAAUUUUACAAGAGUCACGUGGAACAUAUUGAGGACACAAACAAGUUGUUUAUUUGCUCCACAGCAACGAUUUUUUACUGCAGGUAUUGAAUUCAACUAAAACGACAGGUUCACACUUGCUUAGCCGAUUAGUUUAAUGAACAAUGAUGCUUGAGAGACACUAAUCGCCCAAUAAAAAUAAAACGAAAUGGAUUGACUUUACUUCAUAAUUUGCUAAUCUAUUAGAGUACACUUGUUUUAUUUAAUUACUUUUAGUUACUAAAUUAAUUGGUACUCAACUAAAUUACUAGCUGUAUUACAAACGAUUUUUGAAGAGUAAUGAGUAUUUUAGCUACUAAAAUACCGUUCGACUAAACUGCUAGCCUAGAGCGGACUUGUUAUAACGGCUGAGAUAGUAAACCCAAUUAUAAUUUGAUAAUAAUGUGAUUGGUGCAGAAAAGGUAUCAUGAGAGAAUAGUUUCUAAGUUGAAACCAAAUAAGGUCUUAUUUGGGUUUUGGCAUUAAUAGAUAUGAGUUAAAGCAACUGAUAUAUUUUUAUCAUAAAAAUGAAGGAGGUACCAACAUUUGAAUCAACGACUUCCUCUUUCGUAAAUAGUUGCAUUGAACAUCUCAAAUAUGGAAGUAAGAUGUUAUUGUUUUACUAUUAUUGGAAAAUAUAAAAGGCGAUUGUUUAACUUAUUUAUUUAAAAUUAGUUACCAAGUUAUUAUAUGUCUGGAAUUUGACAAUCUAUUUUGUUAAGUGUUUUAAAUUUUUGUAGCUACAAACGGCACAUGUUUUUACUACAAAUUUGUAUACAUUCAACACAAAUCUUCUAUUAACAUUAAUUUCAACUUUAUUUUCUAUUUAAAUGAAUAUAGAGCAAGCUAGAGUACACAUAAAUGUAGUUGAACAUUGUUUUUAUUUUUUAAUUUUGUAUAAUUUCCUUUUUAAUACAAUUUUAUUUUUACCA